AUGAAGCAAAAAUUCCAAGGUUCUACAAGAGUGAAGAGAGCACAAUUGCAAGCCUUGAGCAUAGAUUUUGAAGUUCUGAGGAUGAAUGAAGGAGAGACGGUUAAUUCAUAUUUUGCUCGUACAUUAAAAAUUGCUAAAAGUAUGAAGGUGCGUGGUGAGUGUAUGCGUGAGAAUGUCAUCAUUGCAAAAAUAUUGAGGUCCAUGAUUUCUAAAUUUAAUUAUGUCAUGUGCUCGAUUGAGGAAUCCAACAAUUUAGAUGUCAUGACAAUUGAUGAGUUGAAGAGCAGUCUUUUAGUUCGUGAGCAAAGAAUGAAUUGCCAUGAAGAAGAAGAACAUGUACUGCAAAUUACUAAUAAAGAUAGAGGAGGAAGAGGAAAAGGAAGAAGGGAAGACUUUUCCAGAGGUGGUCGAGGUAGAGGAAGAGGAAGACAAAGACAAUUCUUAAACAAAGCUAAAAUUGAGUGUUUUAAUUGGCAGAAAAGAGUAAACUAUGCUGAGAUGAAGGAUGAAGUAAAGGAAGAAGAUGAGCUCUUGCUAAUGUCUAUGUUGAUCUCCAACAAGGUAAGAAGAAAAAUGAAUGGUUUCUUGACUCAGGGUGCAGCAACCAUAUGA